UUGCUUUUAUUUAUUAAAAAAAACGCAAUAUGCGAAAAGACAGAAAUCAUGGCAAAAAACAAAAAACAAAACAAAAACAUUGCUCAAUGUAAAUUGUUUUUGAUGGAGUAUGUGGUAUGAUGGGAGCAAUGGCGAAUAUAGGGCCGAACAGCUGUUAGACCGAUUUAUAGCAGCUAAGGCUUCGUUUGCCUGUGUCGUGCUCAGUGACGAGCUACUCCAACUCCCACAAGCCCUUUCGGCAUCACCCAUGCGCCGCAGUCAAUCAGCUGUUGAGGCAACUGCUGACUACCUCGGCACCAGCGUAUAGCUCGUUUGUCACAUCCCAACCGAGGCGAGGCAAAAACAGAAACGUCUCCGUUCACAGUCUGAGAGAGGUGAACGAUAAAAAGCUCAGCAAACCAUGCAGGAUGAUUUACUGAUGGACAAAAACAAAGCCCAGCCUCAUCAGCAGCAGGAUCCGACACAAGUAGACCCUCCUCCCUCCACGCCGACCCCGUCAUCGGAUCCCACGUCGUCUUCGUCCGAGUCGGAGAGCCCGUCGACCGGCAGCAGCCAGGCGGCUUCCGCGCUGAGCGGCAGCGGCAGCAGGGACAGAUUAGUCCCGAUGGAGUCGCCGAUCCUGCCCGGCCUGGGCUUCCACCACCCGCUGCAGGAGACCGGCGGACCGCUCGGCUCCCCGAACUCCACGUUCGGCACCGCUUGGUCCACGGGAGGCACGAACGCCGUGGAGGACAGCUUUUUCCAGGGAAUACCGUCGGUGGACGGGACGAUGCUUUUCCAGAACUUCCCCCACGUCAACCCGGUGUUCGGGGGCAACUUCUCCCCGCAGUCCACGCAGCAGCAGCCGGCGCAGACGCAGACGCAGCAGAGGAGAUCCCCGGUGAGCCCGAGCCAAGGCGGCGCGUUCCCGCAGAGAAACGCGUACCAGACCAUCAUGAACAACAGCAAGGGCUCCUCUUCGUCUUCCCCGGCGUCCUCCUCCUCCUCCGCCUGGAACAACCAGCACAACGCGGCUUGGAGCAGCGCGUCCAGCCCCUGGAGCGGGCUGCAGCCGGGCAGGGACCCGCGCCGCGCCGCCGUGGGCGUGGGCGUCGGCGUGCCGUCGCCCCUGAACCCCAUCUCCCCGCUGAAGAAGCCCUACACCAGCAACGUCAUAGCGCCCCCCAAGUUCCCAAGACCCGGCGGCCCCGUCGCUGCCAAGUCCUGGAUGAUGGAGGAGGCUGCGUUCAGGACGGACAACGGCAACAACGUGCUGCCUUUCCAGGAUCGGAAUCGGCCGUUUGAUCCUUUGAACUUGAACUCUUUGGGGAAUCCCAUAAUGGAUAUGAUAAAGGCUGACCAUGACAAAGGACGCAUCGGACUCAACUUUCACCAUCCUGGAGCAGACCACAUAUUACCCCUAAAUACCCGCAGCUAUGGCCGCAGACGAGGUCGUUCCUGUCUUUUCCCCUUUGAAGAUGGCUUCCUCAACGACGGCCACGGCGACCCUUCCCUGACUCCGGGCCUGAACUCACCGACCCGCUGCCAGAACGGGGAGAGGAUGGAGCGCUACUCCAGGAAAGUCUUUGUCGGAGGCCUUCCCCCUGACAUAGAUGAAGACGAAAUCACCAACAGUUUCCGCCGCUACGGACACCUGGUGGUGGACUGGCCCCACAAAGCUGAAAGCAAAUCCUACUUCCCGCCUAAAGGUUUUUCUCCCCGUGAGGCGAUCUGUGUCCUAAAGCCCAGAUUUAUCCAGAUGACAGACCUUCCUUUACGUAAGCCUCCGACACAGAGGCAGGAGUCUUCGGUCGUGGUGAUGACGAGGCACCUUUCCAGCGCGGGGAGCCAAUCAGAAAGCAGAUUAGGCGGACACUGA